CAUUGUUUCCAAGAUAAUGGUUUGCAUUAUUUCAGUAUUUGAAAAAUACGAUUAUCAAACACAAGUUUUAUAAUAUUUGUAAAAGAGUUUAAUCAUUUAAAGCAUUAAAUUCUUCGUUAUAAGUUAAGAGCGAAGGGAUCUUUGAAACUACCGCUUCAAAACUUGUAACAAUGGACGAACAGAAGUCUUAUGUUGAGGAGAGAUGGAGAAUUGAUAUUCAGAAUGAAGAUUCUGAUUCCUCCAAUGACAAACUUGACAUUGUGCUCGAUAUGUCAGAUGAUACAUAUAUCAUCAAAGAGUCAUCUGGCAGACAUCGAGGCAUUUUAUCCUGUCUGACCAAAAAGAGGAUGUGUUUUCUGAUUCUCUAUUUAUUGUCGCUGCCGACUUUACACAUUUACUGCCGUAUGACGCAGGAAGAUUUUGAAGGCAUUAAACCAACUUCUAUAAAAGGCCCCCAAAGAGAGCCAGUCAAAAACCCCGACCAUCAGGCAGAUCAACAACAAAAACAGCAGAAUUUGAAACACACCAAGGCAGUGAAAAGAGUCAAAAGAGAAACGAACCCAACUCUGUUUACUGGAGACUUUGAUGACUUUCCCCAAAAGGUCGUCGUCAGUAUUCCCGGCACAGUGACCACUUUAAAUUAUAUCUCAUACAUGUGGCGACCGAGAUCAUCUCAGAGCAUUUGCUACAAGACCUGUAAAGAAGAAACCCGCAUUCAUUGUGUCAAUUACUUCUAUGACGUUGAUAGUCGGAUGUGCUUCAUGAUCGGGAAUCAUCCUAAAAGAGAAACGAACCCAAUUCUGUUUACUGGAGGCUUUGAUGACUUUCCCCGAAAGGUUGUCGACAGUAUUCCCGGGACAGUGACCACUGUAAAUUAUAUCUCAUACAUGUGGCGACCGAGGGCAUCUCGUAGCAUUUGCUACAAGACCUGUGAAGAAGAAACCCGCAUUCAUUGUGUCAAUUACUUCUUUGACGUUGAUAGUCAGAUGUGCUUCAUGAUCGGGAGGCAUCCUAAAAUAUCAUUCCUCAGAGUCACAGAAACAGACAGAAGUGACCAGAAGAAACUUUUAAGUGCUGCUGAAAGAGCUGAACUUAAAAAGGCAUUACUAGAGAAAGUAAAUAUGGUUCACAACAGUAUGCAGUCUUUAUCUGGAGAUGUCAAAAGAAUUGGUACCUUUCAAAACCAGAUGGCUAAUACACUGACAAAUGUGGACAAGAAGGUAUUGAACAUGGAUAAUGAACUGACCUCAUUAAAUCUGGCCAACGAACACAUGACCAGGCAGCUCAGUCAGGAUCAGAUGGCCAACCCUGAGUUUCGCAAACGGAUCACAGACUUAAGAACACUACUGGUAGAUUUGAUGUCUAGAAUAGAGGUUAACCCAACCAUGAAGAAUUUGGUGAAGAACCAACAGAACCUUGCCAAGUUAGUGCAAUCGGUGGACAGUAAAAUUGCGGACUUUUCUAAACGCCAACUCCAGCUGGAUGAGCACGGCGAUGACUGGAUCGGUCGUCUGAAUGCACAGGAGCAGCACCAUAAGAUGAUGACGGACGUGUUGCAGACCAUCUCACAGGCCAUCAAGGACGUCAGGAAGGAUGUCGCCGAUAUACAGAAUCCACUGUCAGCAGAGAAUGUACAAAGGUCAGAGCAUAUUCGAAAGAUGCUUGCCGACACGGAUGUAAAAAAGGAUUUGAACUCUCAAAUGGAGCAAGACGUGUACCACCUGCAAACUGACUUGACAAAACUGAUCAAAGAACUGGUCGAGCUGCAGUUGGCCAAUGAAGACACAAAGGGUAACAUCAUGGCCUUGGUUGAGGCAAACAAGAAUGUCAAGACUGAAUAUAUACACGAGAGGAUUAACCAGAAUAAGAUGAUGACUCAAAUAAAGGUCUUAUCCACUGUCUACCGGAGUAUCCUGGCUGCCCUGCAUAGUCUGGAACUCAAACAGAUCCAAAUAAUGCGUCGUCUGUCAGAGUAUGAGAACGAGAUGCAGCAUAUAGCCAGUGAACUAAUGGAUCAGAAAAAUCUGAAUAGAGAUUUCGAUUUGAAAACACAGCUAAAACAUGAUAUACCUAUUCUUCUAGCCAUGAGGAAAGUACAGAUAGACCUUUUUAAGGAAGUGUACAACCUCAGGAGAGAACUCUUCAAAAUCCAGAGGACUGUGGCGGCUCAAAAGUUCCUCACCAGUCAAGGAACAUUUGAUGAUGCUGAAGACAAUCUUACAGAUAAAUGGCUCAAAAUUAGAACGGGGGAAAUGAAGUAAAGACAAGUCAGUUACAAUAAUGGAAUAUACUGUGGUGCUUCUGGACUAUCUCAUAUUCUCAAGCCCGUGGACAACUAUAUAUUUCCAUUAUAUUCUGUAAAAUCUGCUGAAAUAUACUGUGGUGCUACAUCAACAUGUCAGCUCCUGGAAUAUCUCUAGCCUGUGGACUACUAUAUAUAUUCCCAUUAUAUUCUGUGAAAUCUGCUGGAAUAUCUCUAGCCUGUGGACUACUAUAUAUAUUCCCAUUAUAUUCUGUGGAAUCUGCUCGAUAUGUCGCCAUUGGAAAGGUAUCUGGAUCGGUUUGAAGAACAAACCUACAUCCACUAUUGAAAAGCAAAAGGUUUCCAAGGAGCAGGUAACGACUUGGACUCUUGUCAAACCAUCUCUGCAAUGCAUUGUCCAUCACCUUUAACUAGAUGCAUGUGCAAAUAGAGAAGGAUGCAGAUACAGGAGGGAACAAAUGGGUUCAAGGAAAAAGCAGAAAGCAGCUUGAUCCUUUAACAGAAAGCUGGUCAACUCCGAGAUCAGGAAAAUACACAAACCUGCUUACCACUCUAACAGUGUAUGCACUGCUGGACAUUAUUAGUGGACAAGUUGCACCACACAAUGUCUACAUUGAUAAUGCCCUUUGCAUAGGCGAAGAAAUGGUGGCAGUAUUCGCUAGAGACUCAUCUAGCUCUCUUUCAGAAACCUCUGGAUAACACAGUUAUCAUAACGGAGGUUGCUAAGAAAGGCCUGAAGGUUGGCAUUGGCAAAUUGUAUGACGUGGAAAACCUGUAUGCUUGUUUGUUGGUCAUUUCACAGAAACGUGACAUCAAUCUGCAAGACCUCUUCAGAUGUGAGCUGGCCCCUGUGCCUUUGUGCCUGUCUGACGAGUGUAUCAACAUGCAUAGAGGAACUGAGUAUCCAUGUUUUCACGAUGGCUGUCGAUGCAUCUGCCCUUUAGAUCCUUUUAUUGAUUACAUGAUGUGGCCAAAGCUGGGUACUGUGCAUAGUUUGCAAAUGCAUUCUGUUACAAAUACUCAAAAGAACAUCAGACCUAUGUUAUCUUUGACAAGGAUAUUCCGAGGUCCAUAAAAUUGUAUGGAGGAACACGUUGGGUGGGUGGCAGAGUUCCUCAGCAACACACUCUUCCAUUCACAUCCCAUCUUCCAUACCAUGAUAUGUUUAUGAAGACUGACCACAAUAAGAGGUAACUGGUCAACAUGAUCUGUAACACUGAGUAUGGACAUCCUUACUCAACCACUUCAGUGAGGAACAGAACAUGUUCAACCAUGAGGAUGAAGACAUGAACAUUGCUCAUUGUAUGCUUCUUCACCAAGACAAAAGUCAAAUUGAGGAUACCACUGAUGAGACUGAUAUCUUCUUGUUCCUUGUGUAACCAUGCAUGGAACCAUAACAUGGCCAUCUAGGUCUCAUUGAAGAAAUAUAAUGAAACUGUGGUCAGCAUUAAUGUGUUCCAUUAAUGUUGCCAAACAUAAGAGACAAAUAAAACUAAGGCAGAAACAGACCGGGUUGGCAUUAACUUCCUAAUUUGUCUUGAUGAAGUUAAGCCAGGAUCUGAUCUGAACAGUCUUUGGUACCAGUUAUUCUGUAGAAAACAGCAACCUUCUUAUGUCAAAAGCCUGCCACAAACACAUGAUGCAGAUGUUCAACUCCAAAGGUUCACAUCUGCAGAACCGAUGUGUCGUGUUAGCAGAUCACCCUUCAGAUGUAGAUGCCAUCAAGGAUGGUCAGGAACUGUGCCUAGUUUAUGGCACAACUACAAAUCGGACAACCCAUGUGCUAGUAACAGAUGCUCUUGCCAAUCAGCGAGACUUUCAUGAACAACAUACUGUCAGGGUGUGGCAUACAGUAGGUCUUCAAAUAAGUACACAUCAGUGUCUGUGGAAUCAAGUGAAUCCGAUAGUGAAUCGGAUGGUUCAGACAGUGACAGAAUGAUUUACAUUUAUGACACAUCUGUCACCGCUUAUAUUGGGAUGGGGUGCACCCACACUACCAGUGAUUGGUUGUGGGGUGCCAAAUGUAAAUGGUGGUGGGAGUGAAAAAAAAAAAAAAGGGGGG